GAGGCGGAAAAGGCGGGGCGUGGCGCCGCGGAGUCCCGCCUCCUACGGCGAGUCGAAGGUAGCAAGAUGGCCGCCGCGGAGGAGGACUGUCGGGUCGUGGCCGAAGCGGACCAGGAAUUGGAAGAGCUUCUAGAAAGUGCUCUUGAUGAUUUCGAAAAGGCCAAACCCUCCCCAGCACCCCCUCCUACCACCACGGCCCCUGAUGCUUCGGGACCCCAGAAGAGAUCACCAGGAGAUACUGCCAAAGAUGCCCUCUUCGCCUCCCAAGAGAAGUUUUUCCAGGAACUAUUUGACAGCGAGCUGGCUUCCCAAGCCACUGCAGAGUUUGAGAAGGCUAUGAAGGAGUUGGCUGAGGAAGAGCCCCACCUGGUGGAACAGUUCCAAAAGCUCUCAGAGGCUGCUGGGAGAGUGGGCAGUGAUGCGACUUCCCAACAAGAAUUUACUUCUUGCCUAAAGGAGACACUAAGUGGACUAGCUAAAAAUGCCACUGAUCUGCAGAACUCAGGUAUGUCAGAGGAGGAACUCACCAAGGCCAUGGAAGGGCUCGGCUUAGAUGAAGGGGAUGGGGAAGGGAACAUCCUCCCCAUCAUGCAGAGUAUCAUGCAGAACCUACUGUCCAAAGAUGUGCUGUACCCAUCACUGAAGGAGAUCACAGAAAAGUAUCCAGAAUGGUUGCAGAGUCACCAGGAAUCUCUACCUCCAGAGCAGUUUGAAAAAUACCAGGAGCAGCACAGUGUGAUGGGAAAGAUAUGUGAGCAGUUUGAGGCAGAGACCUCUGCAGAUAGUGAGGCCACUCGGAAAAUUCGUUUUGAGACGGUGCUGGAUCUUAUGCAGCAGCUACAGGAUUUGGGCCAUCCUCCAAAAGAGUUGGCUGGGGAGAUGAAAGUUUGCUGACAUUCCUGAUAAUAGUGAAUACAGUAAGUCUUCAUUUAUUGAUGUUAAUAGGUUUUGUGACUUUAAGGGAAAUGACAUAUAAUGAAACCAAUUUACCAUAGGCUAAUUGGUACAAACAAGAGUUUGAUUCCUUUGGCAUCUCAUCAGUGUUAUAACGAAAUGUUAUUUGAGGACCUGCUGUACUCUGGAUUCCUUGGUAAGACACAUACACUACAGAAGGUGGGAGACAAACCUUGCAAAGAUGCAGGGCCCUGUCACAUUGGUUAAGUUUACCAGUCCAGCAAUCUGGAGCAUUCUGCAACAUCCUCUCCAAAGUAGAGGAUAAGUUAUUGCAUCUUGUGUUUUUUACCCCAAGAAAGAAGUUCAAUGCCUUGGUAGGCCUCUUUCAGUUUUGUAGGCAGCAUAUUCUGUACAGGGGAAUGCAAGAAAGCUCUCUGCAGCAGGUCCAGGCUAUGAUACAAGUUGCCCUCCUGCUUGGGCCAUAUGACCUGGAAAAUUCUGUGGUAUUAGAGGUAUCUGUGGAAUGAAAAGAUGCUGUGUGAAUUCUCUGACAAUCCACAGUACAGACUUCUAGGUGUCUGGAAUAAGGUGAUGUUAUCUGCAGUAGAGAAAGUUUUACCAUUUGAAAAGCGUCUCCUGGCAUAUUGUUAGGUUCUAAUAGAGACUUGGUGCAUGACCACAAAAUAUCAAGUGACUGACCAGUUACUCAUAUAACAAGCUGGUUCUUGUCAGACCUACCAAACUGUAAGAUUGGGUAGAUACAACAGCCAUCCAUGUUACAAUAGUAAUUGUACAUUUGGAAAGAAGCCCAAGCAAACUUGGUGGGCACAAGUAAGUUAAUUGAACAAGAGGCCCCAGACCUCCCUAUUACCUACAUCUGUUGCACUGAUACCUUUCUCUUAGUUCAUACCUAUAGCAACAUAAGAAUUCCUUCAACCAUUUGACAGAGAAGGAAAAAAUUCAGGUCUGGUUUGUGGGUAGGUUGGCUUGAUAUGUUAGACCAAGCCAAAUAUGGACUACUGCUUCUCAACAGCCCCAUCCAGAGUAAUCCUGAAAGACAAAGGAGAAAUUCAAUGAGUAGGUCUUUAGGCAAUGUACCUGGUCAUCCACUUUGUCUGGAGAGAGGAGUGGCCCGAGGCAAGGAAAUACAUAGGAAGCACAGUCAGUGGGCUAGUUGGUCAGGGGCCCAGAGGAGCAAGACAGGAAAAUGGGGAAAACAAGUUCUGGCAUGGAGCAUUUGGGUGAUCUUUGAGAGUGGGAGCUAUUAAAGUAUUCACCAGAAAAGUGCUAAAUAAUAACCAAUAUAAACAAGAUGAUUUCAGGACCACCUAACCUGUCCCAGUUCUUGUACAGUUUGCCCAUAAGUCGAAUCACCCCAGUAGCAGAUAUAGAAGCUCUUUACUGGCUUAUUAGCAAAGACUCCUCUCUCACUUAAGGCUGACUUUGCUAGCACUACCAACCUGUCAGCAACAAAGCAAUGCUGAUCCCUUAGUUCCCCUGCUCAAGAACAACCAGCCACUUGGUGACAAGUUGAUUAUAUUGAACAUUUUCCGUUCUGAAAAAGGCAAUUUAUUCUGAUCAGGACUGAUAUAUGUUUUGCUUUGCCUAUCAAACCUAAAUGCCUCAGCUAGUACUACCAUCCAAGGACUCAAGAGAUGUUUGAUCUACUGGCAUGGAGGUCCUAUAUAAUAAUGCCUUGAAACAAUGGACCCACUUAAUGACAAAGCAGAUGCAGCAGUGGGCACAUGACAGUAUGAUCCGCUGUUCCUACCAAAUACAAUUCCAUCCCAAAGAUACUUGGCAGAGUAAUGGAAUGGCCUUUUGAAGGUGCAUUUGUGGUGCCAGCAAGGAUGGUGUGCUGUCCUUUGCAAUAGAGUAUAAACCUACAUGACCAUAGUAGGGUGCUUUAUCCCUAGUAGAAUUCAUGGGCUCUGGAACCAAGGGGUGGAAAUAGGAGUGACCCUAUUCAACAUCAUCCCAUUUGUGCUUCCCAUUCCUGCAACUUUAAAUUCUGUGGGUCUGGAGGUCCUAGUUCCCAAAGAGGGGAUGUUUCUACCAGGCACAACAUAAGAAUCUCAAUAACCUCAAAGAUAUGGUUGUCAUCUGGCCACUUUAGGCUCCUAAUGCCAGCAACUAUCAAGCAAAGAAAGAAGUUACCAGAUCAUCUGGGAUAAGUGACAAUUCGUUUUGAGGAGUUAGGGCUGCUGCUACAUUAUGAACGCAGAAAGUAAAGUGAUGCACAUGUGACCCUAGGAUAUUUCUUGGUCUUCCUAUACUCAGUUUUAACUGUAAAUGAGUAAGUAAACUAUUAUGACCUAAUAAGGACAACAUGUCCAGGGGCUCAGAACCUCUUCUUGUAAGUUUCUCCAGAAAUUGUGACUAACCAGAACACUGAAGCAACUGCCUGGAUAGAGUAAACUUAAUAUACAAAGCAAAUGUGUCUGACCGAUGGUAGAGGUGGACUGUAGUAGACAUUGCUGGUACCCUGUCUAGAUCCCUUUGCCAGGAAGUUUCAGUGUUAGCUGCUAAUAGUUUGCAUCUGCAUCCUCUUGAGAAUUACCCUCUGUGUCAAGAGGAGCCAUUUCUGGAAACUUCUGGAAGGUUAUGCCCUCCCAGAGACAGCACCACAGCCAAUGGUAUAAUGUCAAUUCCUACAAAGAAGUCAGCUGAGAGUCUGAUAGAGAUUGUAUUAUCAGUGAUGAUAUGUAAUAAGUUACCAGCAAAUGAUACUAGCAUACAAAAUUCCUUUCCCCUAUACUCAAGGUGGGACAGAUGUGCCAUUUAUGUGCCAAAAGUUCCCAGUGGGGGCUAAACUAAUCAGCUUAACCCAUAUCUUUGUCUAACUUUUCCCCCUGUCCUAUCUUUUUCUCUCACUACAUUACAGGUUUUACUUGAGAGCACUCCAUCAAUAAACCACUUGAACAGAA